UCGGGGCCGCUGCUCCGGACCCGCCGCCGCCGCCGCGCCGCCGCCGCCACCUCCUCCCCCCCGGAUCGGGUGUACUGUCCCAACCCGAAAGUCCAGUUCUGCGGCCCGGCAGCGGCGAACGAGCGCGAUGACACAGGAGUACGACAACAAACGGCCAGUGUUGGUUCUUCAGAAUGAAGCACUUUAUUCACAGCGGCGUUCCUAUACUAGUGAGGAUGAAGCCUGGAAGUCUUUCCUGGAAAACCCGCUCACUGCAGCAACCAAAGCGAUGAUGAGUAUCAAUGGUGAUGAGGACAGUGCUGCCGCGCUGGGCUUGCUCUAUGACUACUACAAGGUUCCGCGAGAGAGAAGGUCAUCAGCAGCAAAGGCAGAUGUUGAGCAUCCUGAGCCGGACCAUAGCAAAAGAAACAUACCAAACGUGACGGAGCAGCCCCUCAUCUCUGCUGGCGAAAACAGAGUGCAGGUGCUGAAGAACGUGCCGUUCAACAUCGUCCUUCCCCACGGCAACCAGCUGGGCAUCGACAAGAGAGGACAUCUGACAGCCCCCGACACCACGGUCACCGUCUCCAUCGCGGCGAUGCCCACCCACUCCAUCAAGACGGAAAGCCAGCCCCACGGCUUCGCUGUGGGCAUCCCCCCAGCAGUGUAUCACCCCGAGCCCACGGAGCGUGUAGUGGUUUUCGACCGGAACCUGAACGCUGACCAGUUUGGCUCCGGCGCUCAACCCCCCAACGCGCAAAGGCGCACUCCAGACUCUACCUUCUCAGAGACCUUCAAGGAAGGCGUUCAGGAGGUUUUCUUCCCCUCGGAUCUCAGUCUGCGGAUGCCUGGCAUGAAUUCAGAGGACUAUGUUUUUGACAGUGUUUCUGGGAACAACUUUGAAUACACCCUGGAAGCCUCCAAAUCGCUCCGACAGAAGCCAGGAGACAGCACCAUGACGUACCUGAACAAAGGCCAGUUCUACCCCGUCACGCUGAAGGAAGUGAGCGGCAACGAGGGCGUCCACCACCCAAUCAGCAAAGUCCGCAGUGUGAUCAUGGUGGUUUUUGCUGAGGACAAGAGCAGAGAAGACCAGCUGAGGCACUGGAAAUAUUGGCACUCACGGCAGCACACGGCAAAACAAAGGUGUAUUGACAUAGCUGACUACAAAGAAAGCUUCAAUACCAUUAGCAACAUUGAGGAGAUCGCUUAUAAUGCCAUUUCUUUCACUUGGGACAUUAACGAUGAAGCAAAGGUUUUCAUCUCUGUGAACUGCUUGAGCACAGACUUCUCUUCUCAGAAGGGUGUGAAGGGGUUGCCUCUGAACAUCCAGAUUGACACCUAUAGCUAUAACAACCGCAGCAACAAGCCUGUGCAUCGGGCAUACUGCCAGAUAAAGGUCUUCUGUGACAAGGGAGCCGAACGGAAGAUCAGAGAUGAAGAACGAAAACAAAGCAAAAGAAAAGGCAAGUGCACUGACCCCAGCUCCCAGUUGAACGCCUUUUCCGACGUCAAAGUGCCACUUCUUCCAUCUCACAAGCGCAUGGACAUCACGGUUUUCAAGCCCUUCAUUGAUCUCGACACCCAGCCUGUCCUCUUCAUCCCCGAUGUGCACUUUGCAGGCCUUCAGCGGGGUGCUCACGUCCUUCCCAUUGCCUCAGAAGAACUAGAGGGUGAAGGGUCCAGCCUGAAGAGGGGGCCGUACAGCUCGGAAGACGACUUUGUGAUCCCGCCUCCCGCUAAGCUGACCCGGGUAGAAGAACCAAAGAGAGUGCUUCUCUAUGUGCGGAAGGAGUCAGAAGAAGUCUUCGAUGCCCUGAUGCUCAAGACUCCAUCCUUGAAAGGCCUGAUGGAAGCUAUCUCUGACAAAUAUGAUGUUCCCCAAGAAAAGAUUGGGAAAAUCUUCAAGAAAUGUAAAAAAGGGAUCCUGGUGAACAUGGACGACAAUAUCGUGAAGCAUUAUUCCAACGAAGACACCUUCCAGCUGCAGAUGGAAGAGUCUGGGGGAUCGUUCAAGCUCACCCUCACUGAGAUCUGAGGACGCCACGUCCAUGACUCCCAGCAAGCUCAGCGAAGCUGUCACCUGGGCCUUUGGGGUUGGCAGGCCACAGGUUCGCCAGUCAGCCACCUUCCAAAUGUGGGUGGAUGUCAGUGGAUAUUGGAGGUGGCGCUGCUUUUGGCUUGGAGAUAGCAUUGAAUGUAUUGCAUUGGCGUUUUUCAGAUGACCCCAGAAAGCAUAUUUGAAUUUUCUGCUAUAAAUACUUAGGAUUAAAAGUGGAACUUUGUUCCAAGAUUUGCUAGGUUACCUGGGUACCUUUAGGAUAUCUGCUACAUUAUUUAUGGAACUGUCUCUUCAGCACGGGUGCACGUCAGACUCGAUGUGACUCUGACCGCCUCAGGUCACGGGUGGGGUGCCCCCAACGGACAGGGGCGCUUCUCUCCUCGGCCUCUCAUUCCCCAGUAAGUGUUUACUCCAACAGGGCAGGUUACCGACAUCUUCCUUUGCGACUGUCUUGAACAUAUCAACUGCCUCUCUUAUGAAGAACCCGAACGGUGACAGUGUGCCUCCGUCAGGCUAAAGCUGCGUGUAUGUAAGUGCAAUACGUCUUGAAGGCCUGUGUCUGUAAAUGUGUACAUACCUGUCUUAUAUAAAUAGAUAAUAUAUACAUGUGGUGUCUGUACAUACAGUGAAGAGACGCGAUGAGAUCUACCCUAAGGACUUUCUUGAGACGAGAGGAUAAGUUAUUUCUGACCACCUACACCCAGCAGGUAGCAUGCUGUGCUUCGUGAACCCCGCUCAUGCGCUUUCUCUGGGUUUUCCCAAACACAGCCACCAUUCCGUAGCAUAGCAAAACCUCAGAUGACAGAGAUGCUGCACGCUCUUGAGAAGGUUGUUAUUUGGAUGUCUGCACUGUUUAACAAAUGAAGUAAAGGAAAAAGCACUACUGCAGCUCACGUCUGCUGUGUCUGCUCCUAUUAGUCAGGUGUCCCCGACUGAUACGAGUGGGAAUAAACACAGUGAUCACGGCACAUACUGUCGUCACCGUGAACCAGGAGAUGCAACUUGAGAUGGAGUGCUUCCAGAUCUCUGUGCUACAGGAAAUGACUUCUGUUUUAUCACGUUUCAGAACCUCCAGGCUUUGAUGGUCUUGUAUGCUAACAUCUCUAAAAAGCAUUCAUGAGUUUAUGAGACUGUAUUACUAUGGGGAACAUUUUUAUACGUGUUUAAAUAUAUAAAAAUACUAAAGAGUGUAAUUUUGUAAUGGAAAUAAAAAUCGCAGGUAUCUCUAGGUUCAGGGAAGUAGAAUAGGCUAUUUGUAUACAUAGGAUUGAUAGUUACAUUCUUCCAUUAAAAUAUUCUAAUGAAGUAUGUGAACUAAAUUGCUGGCUUUCUAAGAUAAGAUGUUAUGGGACACGGGUCAUAUAACAAUAUUUUGUAUUUUGUUUUAUGAAAUUGAUUUUGUCUUGUUUUUAAUUGUAUAAUUGAAGAUGUAUUUUAAA